AUGGGCGACCGGAGUUCGACAGCACACUACAUACAACCUGAGAGGUUUCAGCGGUCGAAGGCAAGGAAAACGUGUACACGAUCAUUCUCCACACGGGUGGCGGCACCUUUGGAGGAUGAGGAACAAGUUUCCGGUCCUCUGGGCCCCAUCUUCACUUCAGAGGGGUUUUCCGAAUGGCGUAUCCUGCGCGACGAUAGUAAUACUCCACUCAAUCCCGCUAUUUCGUAUUUCUUUGGCAUCCAACCGGUCACAGAGGCCAUCGUAGCGUCGUGGGUUGUAGUAGCCGAAGGCCACCUAGUCAAUAUUAUCUUCCGACUCUUCCAGGUCCCUUUCCUAUUGACGUGGGACAGCCACCCAUCUGGCAGACCGAACUUGGGAAGAUUAUUCAAGGGUGCUAAGGCAAAGGUCGGUGAAGAACGGCCCCUCACCAACCAACAUCAUGCGGCAGAAGUCGUAUUUGCGGAGAACUGUUUUGAGACUGUUGACAAGGUGAGAAAUCUGAUCUAUCGAAUGUUGUCAUGUAUGUUUUUACUUCUACGAAACAGAAACUCGAUGACGUUUCCCGGAGCAGCGAGAUCCAACGCCUCCGGGAUGUUCCCUAACACAUCACUAUGGAAGUACAUCGGUUCCAGGGCUAUUGACAAAUGGCGGAGUGAGGGUAACAUGGCAAGUGUUCCACGCAGUGAUGCCCCGGUCGUCUCUGUCCUGGAUCCGGUGCAUUGGACACUUCUGCAUGACGCCAAGACUCGAAGCAACCUCAUCCCCCGUCUUCCUAGUCUUGAGAAAGCUGUCGGCUAUAGAGAGAUGCUUGAGAUUCGUGAAAUGCCGGAGAUAUAUGUCGUCCAUUCUCUUAAUCCCCCUCAACUCGAGUUUCCUCAAGGCUGCUUAGGUAACUUUGACAAGUGCAGAAGUGGGGAAAGUGAACUCAAGUGGCCGAAGGACGGUCACUUGGCUAUGUAG